GCAGAAGCCUUUCGGGAGCUUUACCCUGACCGGCAGAGCCGUGUGGUGGUGCUGAGCGAUACGGUCUAUGCCCAUGCGAUGGGUGAGCUGGAGCAGCAGUUGUGCCCUGAGUACCCCAAUAUCAUCUUCUCCAGGGUGGUGUGUGGAGACCCUCCUGUCCCUGCACCGCCUGGGGAGGAGUGGCGCUUUGGUCGCCAGUUCCUGGUGGAGGCACCGGGAGGGCUGCAGGACUGUGCCAUGUUCUAUGUGGGUGCUGAGAGCCUGGCCCUCACCACCUUCAUGAUGACCUGGAAUCGCUGUCCCUUCAGCUCCUUUGAUCCCACCACCGGCUGAAAAAACAACCGGGCCCUGAUGCGACGGCUCUACCUGGUGGAGCGGGCCCGGGAUGCCCAAGUGGUGGGCAUCCUGGUGGGCACCCUCGGUGUGGCGGGCUACCUGGAUCCAAACCCUGCCAAACUGGCCAAUUUCCUGGAGGUUGAUGUCUUUGUCCUGGUGGCCUGUGCUCAGAACUCCUUGCUGGACUCUAGUGACUUCUACCGGCCUGUUUUAACUCCCUAUGAGCUGGAGCUGGCCUGUAACCCAGCCCGUGAAUGGACAGGGAAUUACCUCACUGACUUCCGAGACCUGCUGCCAGGUGCCUGUGCACACGUUGAGCUCCCAGCAGCCAUCCCUGCAGCAGAGGCCAUUCCUGAUGUCUCCCUGAUCACGGGGGAGAUGCGUGCCACCCACCUCUGUGACCCCCCAGCCUCCCAGCUGCCCCCCAGCACUGCACUGGCCUGCAGGGACCAGACACGUGCUCUUGCGGAGAUCAGCCCUGCUGCCUCCUUCCUGGAGUCCCGCAGCUGGCGGGGCCUGGAGCAGCAGCUGGGGCAGACGCCCGUUUCCAAGGCUGUGCAGGGCCGACGAGGGAUUGCUAUUGCCUAUGAGGAUGAGGGGCGUGAGCAGCCCUGA